AAUGUUUAUUUCGAAAAGUCACUUUUUGGUAGUUACAAAACCCCGAAGUCACGAAAGUAACGAAGAAAAUCUGUGGUACCUGGACUCGGGCACAAAUUAAUCAACAAUUCAACAGUCUAAGACCCCCUGAACGUCUGAAUUACCAAAUUACCCAGUUCUAACCGUUCUAGCCUAAAAACCGAGGAUUCCAUUGUAUCUUUAUAUCCAAUGAUUGCAUCAACAAUUGUAAAAGUUUAUACGUAUUUACAAAAAUGCUGGAGGGACUCGUUGCCUGGGUGCUGAACAAUUACCUGGGAAAAUACGUCGAGAAUUUAAAUACAGAUCAGCUGAGCAUUGCUCUCCUCUCAGGUGAAGUCGAGCUUGAGAACCUUCCCCUGAAAAAAGAAGCCCUUCGACACAUAGGUCUCCCCAUUGAGAUAAAAGCCGGAUUUAUCGGUAAAGUUCGUCUGCAAAUCCCCGUCCGACAGAUCAGAUCUGCCUCAUGGGUGAUAGCAAUCGAACAACUGUACCUGGUGGCUGGACCCAUCAACGUCGAGGAAUACGACAGUGAAGUGGAGGAGCAAAUUCUGCAGGAAUACAAGCACAGUAAACUAGACUCUCUGGAAGCACGAUGGCGUGCUUCAAUCGAACGAGAUCCAGGUUACUAUGCCUCGAGCUACAGCUCUUGGUUAAACUACGGCACAUCUUUGGUUACGAACAUACUCGAGAACCUCCAAUUGAACAUAAAAGAUGUUCACCUUCGCUACGAGGACAACGUGACACCAGAAUUAUCAGAGAAGUCUGGGGUGGCGCUGGGGAUAACCAUCAAGGCCCUGUCAGCCCAGAGUUGUGACGCCAGUUGGAUACCCGGAUCUACCUCGUGGAACUUCAACGACGCAUCGUUCAAGCUGAUGGAACUCGAUGGGCUCUCUAUCUACUGGAAUCACUUGGACUCAUCCCAGAUGUUUGGAAACCUCAAUCUUGGGGAUCUUGCAGUCGCUAUGAACGAAUCCAAGAGCACCCUGUGGAAGUACAUACUGCCACCAGUGAGUGCUUGCGCCAGGAUCAAGAGAGAUCGCUGUGAAAAGCCCCUCAGAUCCAUCAACAGACCUAGAAUUGUCGUGGAUCUUCAGCUGGAUCAGGUGCCACUGAUUAUCACCGAUGAACAGUACGAGCAAAUUGUGAAAUGUAUCAAGGAACUGGAGGAUAUAGAACGAAGAAGAAGGCAACGAAGAUGUCGACCUCAUUUAUCGAUAUCAGAGAGCCCAAAGGAGUGGUGGAAGUAUGCUGUUCGUUGUCAUCUUGGAAGAAAAGCUCUGAUGCCAAAACCCACGUGGAACGAUAUUUAUAAUAAAGGAAUGGACAAUGUAUUUUAUGUAAAGACUUAUCAGAGGAUCUUGGCCACACCAACAACCAUUCUCUCACCUGAUGCCACAUCCAGAAAGGAGAGGAUUGAGUAUGAACUCAGUUAUGAUCAGCUGAGGGUACUCAGGGAGCUCGCUAUGACGAACGUCAGACCACCUGUGCCAACAAAACCCCCAGAGGCUGAGGCCAGUUCUCCAGCAGCUCGAGGAAUGCUCGUACAGUGGUUUCCACAGUGGUGGGGGUGGUACUCAAAGGCACCACAGAGUAAUACAAAUUCUAGUCAAUCUGGCUCCUCAACUUUUGAUGGAGAACUUCUGGAUGUUCUUGCUGAUACUAUUGAUGACAAUACACUUCUCAGGAGAGACACUGUAUUUGGACAGUUUAAUUUCACACUUUCCAAGGGCGCCAUCUCCUUGUGUACUAAGGCUAAAGAUAAUGCUGGGGAUAAAGUCGUUAUGGAGCUUCAGUUCGAAAGAGUUGUUCUGAGUUAUGAGUCGCGUCCCAGGUCUGGCUCCCACAAGUUCUCCCUCAGCCUCGGAGCCCUCUAUCUACAUGAUUUCCUGACAGUCAACUCAAUGUUUCCAAUUUUGAUUCAACCGCAGACACUUCCGGUUUGUAACUCUCGAUUGAGAUCAUCUUCAGAGAAACUCGUGGCACAUCAGAACUCUCAACAGCCACUUUUCGAAUUGAUUUACGAGAAAAAACCGUUUCAUGUUACCACUGAUCAUUCGUUGAGUCUGAACACGAGGUCUCUGGAUGUUGUUUAUAAUGCUGUUGCGAUCAAGUGGCUCGUGGACUUUGUCAGCAGACCUCACAGGAAUUCGAGUAAUCCUAGGCUUCAGGCGAUGAAGAGGAGAACACGAAGGCAACUGAUGAAAAAUUGGGAGCAAAUUCUCGAGGGAGAUUUCGUUUACAGAUCAUCUUGGGAUUUGCAAUUUAAUAUUUCAGCUCCUCAGAUUCUUCUAGUCGAAAAUUUUCAAGAGUCCACUGCAGCUGUGGUGGUGGUUGACUUCGGAAGACUCCAUCUGACGAAUGGUAUUAAUAACAAGAAGGUUAUAUUGAGGCCCGGAUCACCCACUAGUGAAGACGACAUCAACGACUUCAGUCAGACAAAAGAUGUUAAAGAUUUGGAACGAGACGAGGAUGACGAAGACGAGAGAUUUCAGACGCCGUGUUCUACACCACCAGGAAGCCAGGAAAAUGGCUCCAUUCAGGAUUUCCAAGGGAUAUCUGAGUCUGCUAUUCAUCACAAAUUGUACGACCAGUACAGCAUAUAUUUGUCGGAUCUCCAGGUGCUCGUGGGGAAAGUCAAAGACAAUUGGAAGCACGCGAGGACUAGGGGAAUGUCGACCCUUCACGUUUUAGAGAGAUUCACUAUUUCCCUUCAAAUUGAAAGAAGAGUUGUCUCCACAGUUGAUCCCCAGUUUCCAUCCCUAACGAUAUCGGGAAAUUUGCCAAGACUUGUUGUCCACGUGAACGAGCAGAAGGUCGAGGCGAUCAGAUCCAUGUCCAAUCAGUUGAUAACGAGCUUGUCUGGUGGAUCCGAGGGACCUUCCUCGCAGUUUAGUGAUCCUGGGGAGCCUGAGAGCCCGAAGAAAGAGGAGACCUUCGAUAAAACAAUGAAUCACGCUAUGAUGAUACAAUUCAUGAUCGAUCAGAUGACCUUUGAGUUGCAAUCGAGGGGAAGGAGUGUCGCUGAACUUCAAGUCUCUGGGGUGAAAGCUGCUAUGACCAAGAGGCCAGCUGACGUCAGUGUCUCGUUGUCAGUUCAUGGUCUUCUCCUGGUAGACGCGAUGCAAGAAUUUGGUCCUGAUUUUGAACUUCUGGUAGCCAGCCACAAGCACGUGGGGAUGGACAGUGUUUCAGGAAGUUUGAAGGACUCUGAACCAACGUCUCCAGUAUCUCCAGUGUCCCCAGGAUCCCCCGAUCCUACCGUCCCUAGGAGACUGACAUCACCAGUAGCUUUAACUCGGGCUUUAUCGAAUCUCGCUCAUGACACGAAGAAUCUGUUCUCCCCCAGGAAUAAUUCACUGAUGGGGCUGGAUCAACUAGACAGCGAGGCCUUGAUCGUCGUUGAGUUGACCGUGAUUGAGGAUCCUCUGGAGACCCUGAGGGUCGCCAGUAUUCAAUUCAAUAAUCUUGAUAUCAUUGCCAAUCAGGAGACUAUCGUGGAGUUGAUAGGGUUCGUCCGACGACUGCUCCCACCGUCGAAAGUACCGAAGAAUAAAAAAAUCACCAGACAGGAUUCGAUCGUUAGUCUGACGGUGGAGGGAAAGCCAGAGAGGACAGAAAUCACGUUUGACUUUCACAGGUUGAAUGUUCUACUUUUGAGAGCAGUUAUGCAGGACAGUCAUCUGAUUGGUCAAAAAAUAGCCACAGCCACGAUGUCUGAUGCUAGAAUUCAAGCGACAUUGGCCACGAAUACGUCGAUAUCAGGGUCUCUAGGAGGUCUUCAAGUACUUGAUCAAACGUUAAUUGGGAAAACUCAUCAGAGGAUCAUCAGCGUGGGAAGGGAUCCCCUGUGCAAUCCCUCACACGAUCCUUUUGAACGUAUGUCAGGGCUGUCGAAUCAACCAGAGGCUUUCAGCUUUUCAGCUAGUAGAAAUUCCACUGCUGAUGGCAGUGGACAACUGGACAGUGUCAACAUCGCUGUCAGAGUUGGAAGUGUCUGGUAUACACACGCUCCCCAUCUCAUAUCGGAAAUGAGAUCAUGUGCGGAUGAGUUUAAACAGUACUUGAGUAAUCUUGCCAGACACAUUGGAGCUGCUGCCACUGAUAUGGCAAUGGGACUUGUUCAUGAAGAUUGGACUGGACCCCAGAGAAAGAGACUCCCCAGCUUCUCUCAGGACAUGGAUGCCACCUCUGGUAUUCUAAAAUUAAAACUAGAUGUCGUACUUGACAGCCCCGUUCUGGUGAUCCCCAGGUCUUCACACAGUACUCAAGUGUUUGUUGCUCAUCUGGGGACAAUGUCCCUUCAGCACGAACCUUCCGAUGAUUCCAAACUCACUGUCAGUCUUGACGUCAGAGAUAUCAACUUGUAUUCAUUGGAUGUCAGCUCAAAACUCUCUCACAUCACUGGAACGACUUUACCUUUGAGGGCAGAUGACAUGUACAGCUGCAAAGAGUCUGGAAGACCAAUCCUACAUGACACGUCCUUGAAGAUAGUCGUUGAGAAGGGAUUUAUAGUUUCCCUUCACAGCUCAGGAUUUCUUCUGGAUCAGGAUUUUCAGACGAGCUCUCAACAGCCAAUUGUGCAAGUUCACGGGGGUGUUAUCACCCCCUUAAAAGUCUCGUUAUCAAGGAGUCAGUACGAACAACUUCUGGACACUGUUCACGUGAUAUUUUCAGCCCCUCAAUCAACUUCAACAAAUAUCCCUCCAACGGAGAGCACAUCAACUGCCAAAACUUACUCUCAAAAAUCAUUUCAAGUCGCGAUGAAAGUUCUGUUCGAACUUCCGACACUCAGUAUUCAGCUCAAGCAGGAUCACUCGGAGCAGCCCCUGGUGGAGCUUUCCAUGCAGGAAUUUGUGAUGAAGUACGAGAAGCUCUCGAUGAAUGAUUCAACGACUCAAGUUUCUCUCAGGUCCCUCCUCAUGGAAGAUCUUCUCUGUCCGAUUGGCUCGAGACACAGAUCGAUGAUGCAGUCCUCUGCCCCGACACGUGCAAAAGUGCCUCUGGGGGUCUCGAGAUCUUGUCCGGAUCUCGCUUUCAAUAAAAAAUGGAGGAGCGAGCAUGGCAGGGGUAGCCUCCCCGACAGGCUAGAGACAGAUACUCUGUAUGGAACUAUUCCUGCCCACUGGAGGAAGGCCUCUUCCCUCGUUGGCACCCCCAACACUCCUCCACCAUCUCCUGGAGCCAUCACUUGUGAGGAGAAUCUCGUCUUAAUCAGCAUUACAAUGACGGAAAUUCACCCUAAAACCCCUGAAUCUCUUCGUCCAAUUCUCCAGAAGUCUGUCUGCAUUGAUUUCAACUGUCUAGAUCUCGUUGUCAGUGUUGAAUCUUGGAUGAUAGUUCUGGACUUCUUUGGCAUUGGUACGAGUCAAGUGAAUUCGAGGAUUUCCACACGGACUAGGGAUUUAGCAGCAUCAACUACCUCUCUUGCAACUACAUCAACUGCAACUGCAGCUAAUGGCCCAGUGAAUGAAUAUACUGAUUCCUCUGGUACCAUGAAAGAACUUGAUUCGCACACAGAAAUUGAGAUUCGAUCGUUGACACUUGUUCUCACGAGAACUAAUAGAGAAAUUGCAAAGGCGAAUAUAUCUAACGCUAGUAUGACUAUUGUCAAGGCCUUGGGUAAGUCCAAGGUCUCUGGAUCACUGGGUUCAAUGUCACUGUUGGAUCUGACACCCCAUGGCAGGUUUUACAGGGAGAGAUUUUUAUCAUCAGGGAGAAAAGCUCUGAAUUUUCAGUACUCGAGCUACGAGGACUCCAGGAAACUGCCUCACGACGCCAAACUUAAACUCCAAAUGUCGUCAGUGCAUUACGUUCACACCCAACGAUUCGUCGCUGAACUUCAGGCAUUCUUCAGACACUUCUCCCAGUUGAGGGCAGUCAUGCAGAAUCUCAGGUCCGGGGAAGUGCCAGUUUUAUCAAUGGAACAGACUCGGGGAACGAGAUUGUCUCUGGAGCUUCAUGCAGGUGCCCCAGUCAUCCUUCUGCCAGUUAGCUCUCAAUCAGACAAACUGGCUGUUCUUGAUCUAGGAGAGUUGACUGCUCACAAUUCCUUCCAUCACUCCAAGGACUCACCUCAGUGUCUUCUGGACAUCAUGCACCUGGAACUGGUGAAUAUGGACGUUUACGCUGCUCAGAGGAUUAGACAGUCUUCAGACAGAAAUAAUUAUGACAACAACGAGGAUGAUGAUGAUAUCUUGAUGAUUGGGGGUUUCUAUCUGAAGAAAUUGGGACCCUCUCUGUUGACAGAGAAGUGUCAUUGGAGCUUGAGAAUCGAGAGGAAUCUUGACACCUAUAUCAGCAGGGAUAUCGCAGACCUGAGUAUUCAUGGGACUUUAUCAACGAUGAAUUGUGCACUGGAUCCAGCUCAGUACAUGCUCAUCAGGGGUCUUCUGGCUCACAAUAUUGGCGAGAAUUUGGAUGACAUUCUCCUGUUCUUGGAGGAUCUGCAGGAUGCCACUGAAUAUUUCAUGACUGAGGAGGCAGUUGGUGGAAAAGUCUGGACAAAGUCAUGCAUUAUUCUUGAUAUUGUCAAUGUAGCUGUGAAACUUCAUCCCAAUCAUGGGAUCGCAGCACUCGCCUGUGUCAAUUUUAUCAAAUCCAGGUUAACUCUGGACUCUCUGAGCGAUGGAUCACAAGAUAUUGAUCUAGUGUCUCAGGAGAUUUCGGUCAUUGACACGAGGUUUCAGGACGAGCCGGUUAAUAAACGUUCCAACAUCUUCACGAGCAUUCUCCAGCCGUUGAAGAACUUUGGCGGAAUUGAAGACAGAGUUCAAGCUGAGAUUCAUCACAGGAGAAGGAAGAAUCAUGCAGCAACGACUAUUCUUCUGCACAGCAUGAGGCUGACAGCUAUUUUAGACUGGUGGGAGGCUGUCAAAGAUUUUCUGAUACUAAAUUCACCAGAUCCAGAACCGAUAGACAUCUCCAGACCUCCUCUCGUCCCCCACGAGACUGACACCUCGACAACUUCUUCUCCCUUUGAAUUAAAACUCAAUUUAACGGACUCUGAACUUGUCAUUGUGGAGGACACAUCCCUGUGGGACACUAACGCAGUCAUCCUCAAGUGCACAGCAGUCCUGGCUUACAGGUCUCAUCCACAGGAUGGGGAGAAGCCAUUGUCGUGUAAUCUAUCCCACUGUGAGUUGUACUCCUGCAUUCUGGGAAUGGAAGAGGAGACAGCUUUGUCCAUCAUCGAUCCAGUGGGCGCCAGUGUCGAAUUGACAAGAGAAAAAGCCUUGGAAAUUCAACUACAACCCCUGAAUGUUAAGCUAAGCUAUCACGAUGUGACAAUGUUUGGAAGAAUGGUGAAUUCUCUGCCUAAGCAGACCCUCUGGGCCAAGCAGAGGUCAAUGUCAGGGCCCCCAGCCAACGCCAAGAGCCACAUAAUGAAGUUAUCUGCUCUGGGAUUUGCUGAAACCGAUUGUGAAGCUGCUUUGGAUGUUUGCAAUGGUCAACUUGAUGAUGCUGCCUUGUGGCUGACACAGCAUGCAGUUCCCAAUGCUGAGGACAAUCGUUCGAAGAGUGGAAUUCAGAUUAUUGAGGUUGAGACAAACUGUCUGAGGAUCUGUGUCAUUGAUGACUGCAGAGAUGCUGAUGUACCAUUAGCUGAACUCGUCCUCAUGGACUUUGGUCUGCGGCAGGUGUUGGAGGGUCCAGGCUCCAUGAGAGCUACUUUUGGGGUCGAUUAUUACAAUAGAGUCUUGAGUGGAUGGGAACCCUUCAUCGAGCCCUGGAAAACCGGUGCUAGGUGGGAGCACAGUGUUGGGAAUACGUUGAAUGCCAAGAGGCUGCAGGUACAGGUGCAGUCAGAGGAUUCUGUGAAUGUUAAUGUCACUUCGACUCUGGUGGAACUUGUGAGUCUCGUCAAGGACAACUGGACUCAGGAUUAUUAUCUGAGCAAUAAGCACGAUUCCACGGUAUCAAAAUCGUCCUCUUCGUCGUUGAACAACCUCCAGGGAAAUUACAGGAUACGUUCUCCAUUCGUUCCCUUCGCCCUGAAGAACGAAACUGGAGCUAAAUUGUGGUUCAAGACGUUCAUUGCAGUGGCUGAUGACGUGUGUCAGAUUAACGAACACUUCAAUGAUGAUAGCAAUCUUAUCAAAGAUAAAACCUGGUGUGAAGUGCCUUCAGGGGAGACAAUUCCUUUUACCUUCGAGGAGAGGGGAAAACUUCGACAUCAGACGACGCAUCAAGUCAGAAGACACCAGAUUGCUGUUCUGGUGGAGGGAUGGAAGCCGGUGGAUCCAGUGACAGUUGAUAGGAUUGGGGUUUACUUUCGCCAUGCCAGCGCUGAUCUGAAGCUGGUGGGGUCCUCACCGGGGAAGGCUAGAGUGGUUUUUGCUGUUGAACUCGAAGGAUCUGCAAGGAAACUCGUGACAGUCAGGUCAGCUCUUCAGCUUGCGAAUAAACUCUCUCAUCCAGUCGACAUUAAACUCGAAAAAUUAGGAUUUAGUCAGUUUGGGUACUUUGGAGGGCCUAUGAACGUUGCAAACUCCAGCACGAAGGUCCUUCACAUCCCUGCGCACUCUGUGAAGUCUGUACCCUUGACCCACACCAGUGUCAAAAUGUACCUGAAGCCCCAACAUCCCAACUACGCUUUCCAGUACUCCAUGGAGCCCAUAGAGUGGAUUCUUGUGAAGAAACCGAUGGAAGUUGUGGAGGUGCUGACCACCUGCAGGACCAAUCAGAAUAAUUUAUUCAGAAUGUGUGUGGCUGUGAGGAGGGACAACUAUCCCGUCGAUGCUGGACAGAAUAUUCUUCCCGCCCACACCAUUUCUCUUCUUCCUCCAGUUACUCUGACGAAUUUACUGCCUCAUGAAUUGUCGUAUCAAGUAUCGACAACUGAGACUGGAAGAAUCGGCCCUGGAAUGAGUGCUGAUCUCCACAGUAUCAAUGUUGGAGAACAACUCGAAAUCACUGUUCAACUUGAUGGAUACCCUGGAAGUGGAACGUUGUUAUUGUCCCAGAUAUCGGCAUCAUUCGUGGGGAGGAUGAAGCUGACAGACUCAGCAGGGAGAAUCCUCUUUCUCAAUGCCACUGUCAUUGUCGAGAGAGGAUCUGCUGUCAAGAUCAACAUCACUGCUCCUUACUGGAUCGUCAAUAAAACUGGACUGCCACUCGUGUUCAGGCAAGAGGGUGGGGGAACGGAAGCUGCUGGACAGUUUGAAGAGCACGAGAGAGCCAGAAUGGUGGCUCCCUUAUUAUUCUCCUUCAGUGAUGAAGAGGCUAGCCGAACGUUGGCAGUGAGGGUUGGUUCAGGGGUCCAUCAAAACGGUGUGUCCCAGUGGUCACAGCAUUUUCAUCUGCAACCAGGUGUUCAAGUUCACAGGCUGAGAAUCAGUCUGAGAGAUGGACGACCUGAUAUCGUGUACCUCAUUGGAGUCUCCACAAGAACUGCCAGGGGAAGGUACCGAGCAACCACUGUUGUUUCACUGUCUCCCAGGUAUCAAUUACAUAACAGAUCAUCGUGUACCUUGGAACUGGCACAAAGAUGUUUCACGACAACUGUCAGUCAUCCUGAUGCUCAAGCAACGUACAUCACCGCUAUGCCAGACUGUCAUAUGCCUUUUCACUGGCCUAGACUCGAUAAGGAUCAACUCCUGUGUGUCAGGAUCAUCGAUGUUCCUAACUGCAUGUGGUCUGGGGGGAUUAUUCUCGAUGGAAAUCACUCCCUCACGAUCAACAUAAGGGAUGCAGGGGGAAAGAUGCAUUUCCUGAGGGUUGAUGUUGUCCUUCAAGAGAGCACUUACUUCAUCGUCUUCACAGAUGCCAACACCAUGCCACCUCCAAUAAGAGUCGAUAAUUUUUCUGAAGUUCCAUUGACAAUUAAUCAAGCUGGAGUGCUUGACAGCCUCCAGUGGACAGUGAGACCUCAUUCCUCUGUUCCUUAUGCCCUCGAUGAACCGACUCAAAGUGCUGGGUUAACUGUGACUGCGCCUGGAGGUGUUACAGGCUCCUACGACCUGAAUCUCCUUGGGGAGAAUCGAGGAUUGACUUAUGAAAAUUUUAUUUACAUCGCGUUCACUGGUACUUUUAAAAUCGAUGGGGAUUUGGGGACUGGCGAGGGGGGUAUGGAUCCUCUGGACGUAGAGACACAAAGACUGGUGCUUGAGGCUGGCCCUGGAGGGUGGGUUGCCCUCAGGAGGAAGCAGAAUGGGGCCAGAUCUCAGUUAUGGAGAAUGACUGGAGAUGGACAACUGCAGCACGAAGGAUCCAGCCCUCCAAGAGACAAACACUCCCGAAUUCCGGAUAGUGUUCUUGUCCUGGACAUUGCUGGUACUGCUCCUCAACCCUUUACCUACUGUGCUUUGGCCUUGAGGAGACCCGAUCAAAGGAGACGAUCCACACAGACCUGGAGGUUCACAGACGAUGGGAGACUCUGCUGUGCUCACAAGAACAUGUGUGUUCAGUCCAAAGAUGGAUUCAUGGGGCUUUACGAAGGCGGCAGUGUCGCCCGUUGGCAAAUGUGGAGUGAGGCAGUUCUGGGGCCCCAGACCCACAGCGAUCCUCCGCCUAUUGAACAGAGAGUUGGGAGACAACGAUUGAGACCUGGGUCAGGGUUUCUCUCGGUUCGAGUCACCACUGAUGGACCAACUAGGGUUAUACAAGUUCUGGAUAUCAAAGAAAGAAAAAAGACAUUCGCUCUCCUGGAAGAACGUGACUGGUCCCAUAUAGCAGUUGCCCAGCGACCCAGCCAAUUGGACUCAUCCCUGAAAAAUCCCUCGGCCCUAUCUUCAGAGCUUCAGCUGGCCAUUAAUCUACCUGCAGGUCUCGGCCUGUCAGUUGUAUCCCGAAGACCCGUGGAGGAGCUUUUGUUUGCUCGUCUCGUUGGAAUCGCCUUCGAGACGAUCCAAACCCCCUCAAAUACAACCCUGAACCUCAGUGUCGACGACGUUCAAAUCGACAAUCAGCUCUUCGAGGCCCAGUGCACCUCGGUCCUCUACAUAACCCGGCCAUCUCGGCCGGAAAAUGUCGAGAGGCCGGCGAUAGACAUCGCCACAGAGAAACUCCCCUCGCAAAACCAAAACGCAGAGAUCUUCAAGCACCUCAUCGUCAGCAUAAAACCUCUCUGCGUUCACCUCGAGGAGCGGUUAAUCCUGAAACUCGCAGCUUUCGCGGGGACUGGUAGCUCUGAUUAUGACGUUCCUGUUGAUGAGAAUGACUUCAAGGCUCAGAGACUCAUCUCCCAGGUGUCAGCAGCCCACGCCAGGAGGUACUACUUCGGUGUUCUGAAGCUCGUACCGAGUCAGGUGAAACUGAGUGUUUUAACAACGACGAAACUCCCCCGACAUCUUCAAUCGGUUAAACGAAAACUAGGGUUGACAUUGAUCAAAUUUGAGGACGCGUCCAUCGAACUGGAGCCAUUCGUUAAGAAGCAUCCCUUCGAGAGCAGUCAAUUUCUCAUUCAUUCCAUCAUAAAACACUACAAGGACGAGCUGAAGUGGCAGGCAGCUGUUAUCUUGGGCUCCGUGGACUUCCUGGGUAAUCCCCUGGGCUUCGUCAAUGACGUGUCGGAAGGUGUGUCAGGGCUUAUUCACGACAAGAGUGUGACAACUCUCGUGAAGAACGUGACUCAUGGAUUAUCAAACUCAGCAGCUAAAUUAACAGAGUCUCUGUCUGAUGGUCUUGGCAGAGUGAUAUUGGACGAGAGUCAUGAGGAAAUGAGACAGAGAAUUCGUACGAAUACCACUGGCAGUGGUGAUCAUCUGGUAGCUGGAUUCAAGGGCCUGGGCUUUGGCCUGCUAGGGGGUGUCACCAGUAUUUUUAAACAGACAUACGAGGGAGCUGCUAACGAGGGUUUCACAGGAUUUUUCGCAGGAUUUGGUAAAGGUUUUGUCGGUGCUGUGACUAAACCGGUGGUUGGAGUAUUGGAUUUAGCUAGUGAAGCAGCUACUGCAAUCAGGGAAACAUCCAGAAGUGCACAUCGUGCCAUUCCCAAGAGGGACAGACUCCCCAGGGUUGCCAGUGGUCCUGCUGGACUACUUCCACCCUACAAUUGUCAUCAUGCAGAGGGACAGGAGUUCCUCUACAGCAUCAAUCAACGGGAUUACUCAGAACUUUAUGUUGCCUAUGAGAGCCUCUGCAGUGGGAUUGAAAAUUUGAGUAUUCUGGUAUCUAAUGAGAGGGUCAGGGUGAUAUCAGGCAGCACAAAAACUGUCGUCACUGAGGUCAGUCUCGCUGAUCUUGUUCAGUGUCAACCGACUCAGGUGAAUGAGAGCAAUGACAUCACUUUGUAUUACAUCGAAUUAACAUCAAGAAUUGAUUCUGCUGGUGGAGUUAGUUUUGAUGGCCCUGAAGUUCUCAGGCGGCCAAAGGUCAGGUGUGAUACUGAGGAGAUCACCAAGUGGGUAUCGCAGCAGAUAAAUUAUGCCAAAGGAAUGCAUCAGGAGCGCAGGCUCACACUCAUGUCCUCGGAUAACAUGCUUGAUGACAUUCAUUCGUACAAGUAAAUCUUUCAGUUUUUUAAUUUUAGGUUAUGAAGAUUUUUAUGGGAGAACUAUUGGGAGAGUUGUCUUGCUCCAGUUGUCAGAGUGAUAAUGAGUUUCUCGAAUCGAAGAUGUAAUAAUGUUUAGCGUAGGUAUGUCUAUGUUAUAGAAAUCGGGCUGUGAAGUACCAAGUUAGAUUUAUUUUCACUGGAGUGUGGCACGAAUGUUUUUUGAGUUAUAAAACGUAUGCAAAAGACUGACAAUACGUAUAAUAUUGAUAAAUGCAAUCAGCAAAUUUUCUUAUUUCGCUUGUUGUAGAGAGAGAGCUCUAAACAAAUUGUUAAAAAUUAGGAGCAUAUUGUUUCAGAUUUAUUUACAAUUUCUACAGCGGUAGUGGCGAUGUUGUAUUAACCUGGUGAUUGUAAAUACGUAUUUAUUUUUCAGUUUGAUUGAUAAAAUCGAGAUAAUAAAUUUUAUCACAUUAUUUUCCCCAAAAUACAAAA